UUUUCAAUCAGUUCUCUUUUCAAAAUGGCGGAGUACGAUCUGACUACCAAGAUCGCACAUUUUUUAGACCGGCAUCUUGUGUUUCCGUUGUUGGAAUUUCUUUCUGUUAAAGAGAUUUACAAUGAGAAGGAACUCCUCCAAGGAAAGCUGGACCUCCUUAGUGACACAAACAUGGUGGACUUCGCCAUGGAUGUGUAUAAGAAUCUUUAUCCCGACAAAGAUAUUCCACACUCACUGAGAGAGAAGAGGACGGCAGUGGUGGCUCAGCUGAAGCAGCUCCAGGCGGAGACCGAGCCCAUUGUCAAGAUGUUUGAAGACCCUGAGACCACCCGGCAAAUGCAGUCUACCAGAGAUGGGAGGAUGCUGUUUGACUAUUUGGCAGAUAAACACAAUUUUCGUCAGGAGUACUUGGACACACUUUACCGUUAUGCAAAGUUCCAGUAUGAGUGUGGCAACUACUCUGGUGCUGCGGAAUAUCUCUACUUCUUUCGUGUGUUGGUCCCUUCCACGGACAGGAAUGCCCUGAGCUCGCUGUGGGGGAAGCUUGCCUCCGAGAUCCUCAUGCAGAACUGGGAGGCAGCCAUGGAGGACCUGACCCGCCUCCGGGAGACCAUUGACAACAACUCUGUGAGCUCCCCUCUCCAGUCCCUGCAGCAGCGCACAUGGCUCAUUCACUGGUCUCUCUUUGUGUUCUUCAACCAUCCCAAAGGCAGAGACAACAUCAUCGAGCUCUUCCUCUACCAGCCCCAGUACCUGAAUGCCAUUCAGACGAUGUGUCCGCACAUCCUGCGCUACCUCACCACGGCCGUCAUUACCAACAAGGACGUAAGGAAGCGCAGACAGGUUCUCAAAGACCUGGUCAAAGUCAUCCAGCAGGAGUCCUACACGUACAAGGAUCCCAUCACAGAGUUUGUGGAGUGCCUGUAUGUGAACUUUGACUUUGACAGUGCUCAGAAGAAACUCAGGGAGUGUGAGUCAGUGCUGGUGAAUGAUUUCUUCCUGGUAGCUUGUUUGGAGGAUUUCAUCGAGAACGCUCGCCUGUUCAUCUUCGAGACAUUUUGCCGGAUUCAUCAGUGCAUCAGCAUCAGCAUGUUGGCAGACAAGCUGAACAUGACCCCUGAGGAAGCGGAGCGAUGGAUAGUGAAUCUCAUCCGCAACGCGAGGCUGGAUGCCAAAAUCGACUCCAAACUGGGCCACGUGGUGAUGGGGAACAACGCCGUGUCACCGUACCAGCAGGUCAUCGAGAAGACCAAGAGCCUGUCGUUCCGAAGCCAGAUGCUGGCCAUGAACAUCGAGAAGAAGCUCAGUCACGGUAGCAGGAAUGAGACGCCUAACUGGGCUCCCCAGGACACCGGCUUCUAUUAGACCGGCAAGAGAACAUGACGACUCCGUGGUCAUCCUCUCUUGCUCUCCUGUUCGAGAGGAACUUGUUAGCUUCAUUCCUGUUGAGACCUUUCAGUUCACUUUUAACCCGAUUGUUGCGUUACUUGCAAUGCGUUCCUUUUUUACAACCAGGUGAAUAUGUACACACAGUCAGUUCUGAGCAGUUUCUUGUAGCCACCGUACUGCUGCUGUUUCACACAGUAUAUCUGAAAUAAACUAACAUGUCCAUUUAAA